AUGCCUGAAGUCAACAGCCUGACAACGCUGCUUGUAGAGAUCCUGGCGGCGACGACGAGUGCCAUCAUCUUCAGCGAUGGUGGAGGGGUCUACGGAGUCUCCAAGUACGGCGGCGGCAACGCCACGGCCCUGAACGACGGCUUCGUCCUGGCCAGGGGCCUGGCCUUCGAUGGCUCCGGCACGGUCUUUGUGGCGGAUGAGGCGCAGAUGAUCGUGAAACUAGCAUCCUGA